GUCGCCUUCGUCUUCGUCGUGGUCGCUGCUGCCGUCGCAAACGUUCAUUUAUUAUUAUUAUUAUUAAUAUUAUUAUAUUUUUGGCACGCAAACCUGUAACAGUCGCCUGUGCUGCCAGCGUCGCUGUCGCUGCCGUCGUCGCCGUCAACGUCGCUGUCAACGCUGCGUUUUGUGUUAAUUAAAUUUACUUUUGUGAAUGAAAUGCGAAAAAACCAAACAAAGCGAAUAAAAAAUAUAUUUUUUAAUAUGUACAUAAAUGCUAAAUAAAUAACGCAAGCAAAUCUACGCUCGUCUAUUUGUAUAUAGAAAUACACACACACACACCCAACCAAACACACACACAAAUACAUACAUACAUACAUCUGUAUAUUUGUAUGUAUGAACGCGAUCGCGUGUAGUUGAAAUAAAGGCCAAAUCGAAGCGARCGAAACUUUGGAUUAUACGAGUCUACGAGCACAGCAUUAAUUGGAUAUAUCUCUUAUAUAUAUUAUAUAUAUAUACGUAUAUAAAUAUAUUACAACAUUUCAAUAUAUUGGAUUUAAACGGAUUGCUUUUGAAAAUCAAUAAGGCAAUCGGGCGACGGAACGUGCUAGGAUGAAGGCAAAUCGAGCCGAUUUUGGUCACAGCAAUUACCUCAAGCUCUAUUGAGAGCUGAGCAGCAGAGGUAGACGAAGGUAGAUAGCGAUUGAGAGACCGGCAGGCAGCCAAGCAGAGCUAGGCUGGUGUUUGGAAUUUUGGUUUUUUGCAACACUACAUGGAUCGCAGAAAUGGCGGCGAUCCCUUGGCGCCACCACGGCCCCCAAAGCUCCAACCGCGUGUGCAUCGACCAAGGGCGCCGGAGCCAACAGCGCUAGGUGGUGGCAACAGCAGCAAUAGCAUCAGCAGCAACAGCAACAACAGUAGCAGCAGCAACAGCAGCAACAGCAAUCAGCAACAACUGAGUAUUAGCACAACAACAACUGCAACAUCGACUAUAAACAACAACAAUAAUAACAACAACAACAACAACAACCACAUUAUAUCUAUAAUACCCACAACGGCCGACUUUGACGACUAUCAGAUACAUCAUCUGACAUUUCUGCCGCAGCGACCGAGCAGCCUCAGUCGCAACAGCAGCAACGCCUCCUCCUCGACGGCCACGGCGAACAGCAGCGGCGGUUCGAGUUCCAGUUUCACGCGUCGACGACCGCCAGCGCCGCUGCUAACGAACAACAACAUCAGCACACACAGUACGAGCAGCAACAACAACCACAACAACAACAWCAACUUCCUUAGUCAUUUCCAAAGCGCUGAGCCCGUGUCUCUGUUGUCAACGGGUCAGCCGCCCGCCUCGCCCGUCACGCUGGCUCAACCGCGACCCGAAUCCGAGAGGCUCACCAAUGAGUACGUGGACACGCCGCUGCAGCAUGCAACACGCAGCCAGCAUCCGGCUGGGCAGCAGGACAACGGACAGACGACAACGCACCAUUUGCUGCUGCUGCCGCAGCGACACCAGCAGCAACAUCAACGUCAGCGUCUGCAACGGCAACGGCAACCGGCUGCCCAUCACAUUAAUCGAUUGGCGGCGGCGGCGGCGGGAACGGGAACGGGAACGGGAGUGGGAGCGACGUCCACGUCGACGUCGUCAGCAGCAGGCAUCGAUGGCUUAUUACAUUCGCAUUUGCAACACAUACCCGCGCACCACCAACACCACCACCACCACCACCACCAACCGCAUCAGUUAAAUGGCCAAACCAAAGCAACACCCGCCUCAAAGUUUGCACCGCCUGCACCACCGCGCUUAGGCUUCGCCGCAACAGCGGCGGCUGGACAGAUGCAGCCACCCAUUACCAAGCAGCCGGGCAGCAAGGAGCACAUGCAGGAGCUGUUGCAGCAACACCAGCUGCAGCAACAGCAGCAGCAGCAGCAACAGAUGCUGCCCGGCAGCGGCGGCCAGCUGGGCGCCUCGAUAGUGAUGGGCGGCGAUCCGUCGCUGCUGAAUCCGAUUGUGUGUCCACGCUGCGGCCUGUGCCGCUGCGAGCAGUGCCAAAGCCCGCGCCCGCUGCCCCAGACAUGGGUGUGCAACAAGACGUGCCUGUGCAGCGCCGAGUCGAUCAUCGACUAUGCCUCGUGCCUGUGCUGCGCGAAGGCGCUGUUCUAUCACUGUGCGCGGGACAACGACAUGGACUGCGACGACGGCACCGGCACACCCUGCGUCGAUAAUCCCUGUUCCUGCGGCCCCUACAAGCGCACCCAGCGCUGGGGCUGGCUGGGCGCCCUGUCCAUUGUGCUGCCCUGCCUCUGGUGCUACUGGCCCAUGCGCGGCUGCAUCAAGCUCUGCGAGAAGUGCUACGCCCGGUUCGCGGGACGCGGCUGUCGCUGCCAGGGCAACAUCGGCGGCGACGCGGCCAUUGGCUCCACCAGCAGCAUGAUGCCCAUUGUGCCGCUAGCCGGCGGCGUCCUCAACAACAGCAGCGCCAUCGGCUCCCCCAAUGCGGCGCUGCAGGCCAAUGGCAAAGGAUUCGAUCAUGGCUGCAGUGCGGCUAGCAGAAUUCUGCGCAAAGGCGAUCUGACGCCAGAGAAGCGACUGCUCGACUCGAGUCCAGACUACUGAAGGCAAGGCAAAUGAACGGAGGAGGGAGAGAGACAGAGAGCGUGAGCGCAAGCGUAAAGCGUGCGCGCGUUUUGUGCGCGUUUUUUGCCGCGCGUAAAAAACGCGACACAGACAGACAGCAGUUACUUGGAGAGCGGAGAGAUUGUGGAGAGUGAGGAGAGCGUGUAGAGCUUCGAAAUUUAUUUAUAUGUACAUAUGUAUAUA